AAUUUAUUCAACUUGUUGAAGUUCCGAAAAAGAUGUCAAUCAGGAUGCAUCAUUCAAACAAGCUUAUGCUCUAUGUUUGCCUUACGGGUUGUUGAUUUUGGGAUUGUUUUAGUGCUUUCUUGAUCUUGAAAAUUUCUGUUGUUCGUUAUGGAUAUUACCUUUACUCUCAUGAAUUGGAACCUCUAUGAUUCUAAGGCUCUGCCAUGAUAUCUAUACAAUAUAUAAAAGGGGAGUUUUGGGAGGUUUUGAACAAUCAUUUUAUGCUGAGGGAUGUAAAUGCAAUUAAUAUAAAAUUCAGAAAUUAAUUGUAAUAAAUGGUUAGCAAAGAUAACUUAUUAGUGGAGAUUGUGGGAGGUUAGCAAAGAUAACUUACAUUGAAAACCGGUCACUUUUUUCCUGCUCAAUGCUUUUCUAAGGUGAGUUGGUCGGGUGGAUGUGUGACUUUCGCCAAGAAUGCUAGGGAGGCUUCUUUGUUCGACGCAGUGGCUGCACAGCUCACUCGAAUGAGUGCAGGAUCCACGCCCGUUAAGGGAAAGACCAUUGCAAAAUUGAAGGUCGCGAUAAAUGGUUUCGGACGCAUUGGGAGGAACUUCCUCCCUUGCUGGCGGGAAGGACUCACCACUUGAGGCUGUGGUCGUGAAUGACAGUGGCAGUGUCAAGAACGCUUCCCACUUGCUCAAGUGACUUCAUGCUUGGCACCUUCAAAGCAGAUGUCGUAGACGGGAAGCCCAUCAAGGUUGUCGCCAACAUGGACCCUCUCAAGCUUCCUUGGGCUGAACUUGGCAUUGACAUUGUCAUUGAGGUAUAUAUCUCUGCUCAAAAUCCAAUGAUUAUGGUUGUCAAGAUUAUACUGAGAAAUCUUGAACGCAUGGGGCUUCCUCCACUUGGUGUUUUCCUCAAGUUUGACUAUGGGGUUGAAUUUUGGAUUUGCUUACUGUUGGAAGCUGGAAGCUUAUAUUUUUUAUAUUGUUAGCCUAUUUCGCAAGAUACGGUAAGUUUGAUUGUUGAAUAGAAGUUGUAUGAUGUAUAUUUUGAAUGUAGGGUUACAUUAUGUGUUUCUAUGAUGUAUGGUGGAAUUUAAAAGGUUCAGAAAAUUUAUGUUAAUCUUUAGUUUUUAUUUA